AUGCCGUUACAGCCAGACCUGGGCUCCCCGUUGCGGGAGCGCUCUGCUGACGAAAUCCUCCACACGUUGGAGUCGGUAACGCUGCCGGGGCCCCAACGGCUGCCUCUGCCCGACGAGUGGUACGAACAGGUGCGAGGCGAAGAACCCCCCGAAAUCGGUAACCCCAUGGGGUUUGGCGACUGGCGCCGUCACGACCCGUUGGAACACCGCCACAGCUGGUCGCUGGACCUUGAAAGCAGGGCACGGGAGUACUUUGAAGAACACGAACGCCAUCACCAUCCCGACCCUAACCACCCCGAACGUCACCACCACGAGCACCACUUCCAGCGCCACCACGAUGACAAGUACGACGAUGCACCCUCGGACGAAGAUGAGCCAAUGGUAGACGUCCCUCCUGGUCCGCGGGACCAUUUGGCACCAUUACAACCGCUGGGCCCAUUACCGGAGCAAGAGCUCGUAAACGGAGAUGCUGGUGUCCGCCGCCCUUCAAUCGGGGGUGUAGCUCCUGAUGAAGGCGAAUACGUCGAUAUUCCGCCGUCCCCAGCCCAACCAGUGGAGGCUAAUGGCACUGCUAGUGGUGAUGCCCCGCAGACUCCUAAGGCUAAGCGCAACCCGCUGUGGAUCUCUCCCAGACUCAAGAGUCAACUGAAGGUACCUACUGUCGCCGACGACCCUAAUAACCCUCGGCUGUUUCGCCACCGGUUCACCAAAUUCGCUCGGCGACGGCCGGGGUACGGACCCCAACAGCGCCGCAAAAGUCAGGGACAGAUUCAAAACGAUAUGGAAACCGUUCUCCGCGCUCAAAACGUCACUAACACGUUGUUGGCGGCGGGGCCGGCGGUGAACUUAUUGGCACUGCUUUUGCUUGAAGACGAUUAUGGUAUUUCUAGAUCGCCGCUUUUGCUUACGUUAUUAGGGGUGACGGUGACCGAUAUCACCGGCGACCCUCGCAAAGCCAACCGUCGCUUCCGCCUUAGUCUCGAAUACGGGGUUGGUCCCGAUCGGAUUAAGUGGGCCGUUGAUCGUCUGGCGUCCGAUUUGAUCAGACUUCACGCCAAUUUGAAGAUUAAACAAAAAUGGCAUGGCCAAAAGUGGAACUCAAGCCACCACAACAUCGAACAACGGACGCGAUUACCGACAGUGCCCUACCCGCCUCAAUGGCGUAACCGUCCCCGCGAGAUUGAAGAAGCCGAUGACAACGCUGCUGCUGCUCAUGACAAUACCCUGAUGUUAACGCUGCACCUGGGCCACCUGUUGCGGCUGGCGGUGCACCGGUUGCUGACGGUGAUCAGUCGACAGCUGGCGGCGCUGGCGCCGCUGCGCUUGCUUGAGCGGGACCGCCAGAAUAACCAAUACAUCAUCAAGGUGUGGGAAUACUUGCUGGAGGUGAUCAAGGUCGUCAGUUUCCGUCCCGAGCUGAAUAAGCUCUUCUACUUUUUAGAAAUCCUGCCGAUUCUGUGUUUGCUCGGCUACGAAUCAGGGUACAUGGGUAAACAAGGGGUGGCGUACAUGGGCGGCACUGCCCGAUCACAAGGGUGGCGUGUGGGCCAUUUCAAGCCCAAGGAAUUAUACGGCAUCUACGACCGGCGUAAGGACAAGUGGAUGCUCGUGCGCAACUCCUACGUGAUGUACGUGCUGAACAUCAACUCCACCAUCCCCCUCGACGUGUUUCUCGUCGACUCGCUGUUUAAGAUCGACUACGACGGCACCGUCGACGAAAUCGAACUUGCUCGCAACGACGACCGCUGCAUUGACAUGGACGAGCCCGAAGACCCGCUGCGAGCCCAUAGCCUCAAUCCGUUCACCCACAAGAUCACUCUUGAAAAUGGCGAACGUAAGUUGGUGUUCCACGUUAAGGAGAAGGAGAUGUACCUGUGGGUGAAGCUGUUGAACGACAUGAAGAACCUGACCAUCUACUCUGAGCCGCAUCGGUUUGGACUGUUUGCCCCGAUCCGCCAUAACUGCUUUGCCAAGUGGUUUGUCGACGGGCGUGAUCACUUCUGGGCGGUGCUGCUGGCGUUGGAGAUGGCUAAAGAUACCAUCUUCAUCCACGACUGGUGGCUUCUGCCUGAAUUAUACUUGAGACGUCCCGCUAACGGUAACCAGCAGUGGCGUUUAGACCGGGUGUUGCAGCGUAAGGCGCAACAAGGGGUGAAGAUUUUCGUCGUCAUUUACCGUAACGUGGGUACCACCGUCGCCACCGAUUCGUUGUGGACGAAGCACUCGUUGAUGAGUAUGAAUGAGGACAACAUCCACGUGCUCCGGCUGCCGAACCAGUUUCUCCUGGGUACCUACUUCUGGGCUCACCACGAAAAGUUGUGUAUCAUUGACUCCACCAUCGCCUUUGUUGGUGGUAUCGAUCUCUGUUACGGGCGUUUCGACACUGCAGACCACGUGCUUACCGAUGACUCCAAGAUCAACUUUGAACUGCUUGACCCUGAAGCUCGCAACCCCGAAGACUUCACUCACUUCCAGAUCUUCCCGGGUAAGGACUACUCCAACCCUAGAGUGAUGGACUUCAUUGAGCUUGACAAGCCCUAUGAAGACAUGUACGACCGGAACAAGGUGCCGCGGAUGCCGUGGCACGAUGUCCACAUGAUGACGGCGGGGCAACCGGCGCGUGACCUUGGUCGUCACUUUGUCCAGCGGUGGAACUACCUUUUGCGGCAAAAGCGACCGCUGAGACUCACCCCGUUGCUUACGCCGCCGCCGCCGUUACUGGACGAUGAAGUACGCCGGUUGGGGCUCCUGGGCACUUGCGAAGUGCAACUUGUACGACUGCUGGGCCAAUGGUCGCUUGGGCUUAAGAAGCACGAGCAGCUGAUUCAAAAUGCUUACCUCAAGCUCAUUGAGACUCUGGAGCACUUUGUCUACAUAGAAAACCAGUUCUUCAUUACCCUGUGUGAGAUUCAGGGCACGAUCAUCAAGAACCGUCUUGGUGAUGCUCUCGUCGAGCGGAUUAUUCGGGCUCACCGUGAAGGCAAAAAGUGGAAGGCGAUUAUCGUGAUCCCGCUCAUGCCGGGUUUCCCCGCCGAGAUCGACGAGACGGAAGGGCUGCUGGUUCGUGUGAUCAUGCAAUGCCAAUUCUACCUGAUUCUGCGGGGGACGCUGCUGAUAUUUGCCAAGUUGCGUAAAGUGGGCAUCGAUCCCGAUGACUACAUACAGUUCUUCUCGUUGCGGAAAUGGGGGCGUAUUGGUCCCGACCGCAACUUGGUCACCGAGCAAUUGUACAUUCACGCCAAGACGAUGGUGGUGGAUGACCGUGCCGCCAUCAUCGGGCUGGCCAACAUCAACGAGCGGCUGAUGAGAGGGUUGCGUGACUCCGAAGUGUGUGCGGUGGUGAGAGAUACCGAUACCGUUGACACCACGAUGAAUGGACAACCGUACAAAGUGGGCAAGUUCCCUCACACGUUGCGUUUGAGACUUAUGCGUGAGCACUUGGGGGUGUCAGUGGAUAUCUUGGACUUGGUGGAGCGUCGUUUCCAGAAGUUCGAAGAAUUCGCUGGAACCAGCGAAGGCAUGGCCGCCGCCACUGGUCUGUACCCCGACCGCAAAUACACCAGAAUGCUGGCUGCGGUUGAGCUUGCGCUGCGUGACAUCUUGCAGAUGCCUGAAGGUACGCCAAGAUGGCACCACUACCAGCAGCACCAUCACCGCCACGAUCAGGCGAAGAUGCCAGAUAAUCUCGACGAGGGAGUGUUUGACUAUGAUGAAUUGCCCACCCCAAUUCCUCUCACGGUAUCGUUCAAUAACCGCACGGGUUCACACGAAGCCAACAAGGGUAUCCGCGAUAAGAAGAAACAUCUGUACGAUCUGCGAGUGCAAAACAAUCCGGACAAGAAGAAGGAUGUGAUGGGUGAAGGUCUCGAUAAGUACCGCCUGAAGUUAGCCAAGCGGGCUCGCCUUUACGCAGGGAAGUUGUUGCGGGAGAUUGCCCAUAAGCAAAUGCUUGAGAAUCCCACUAAACAAUUUUUGCCUGAUCUCACCACCGUCCAAGACUUCUUGGAGGCUGACGAUGCCGAUAUGGUUGACCCGAUGGACGCUGAACUGGCGCAAAUCAUCUACGAACGCAAUGUUGAGCGUUGGCAACUCCUUAAGCGGAUUCUGUACCUCCAGAGAGUGGCAGCUAAGGUGAAGGAAGAUGAGGAUAAAGAAGCCAAGAGACGGUUGGCCGCUGGUUUACCCGCGACGGUGCACAUUCCUGGUGGAUCCAACAACAGCAAGAGUGCUCUGCCGGAACCGGCGGAGGUCGGGGUGGCUGAAGUUGAUACCGUCAAUGGUUCCGUGGUUGAAGAAAAGGACAAGUCGAUGGAAAAGGAAAGAGUUCUGCAAGACCAGGUACCCAUCGUCAAAUUGACCGAAGGCGAAGCCCGUGACCUUAUCGACCAAGUUAAUGACUACACCAUCGAUAACUUCUCGCGGUGGGUUGACCCCUACGCAUUUGACGACCCCAUUUGCGAUGAGUUUUACGAGGACAUGUGGAGCGACAUGGCUCGCCGCAACACCGAGCUUUUCCGCUUGGUGUUCCAUUGUCAGCCUGACGACCAGGUGAGUACCUGGGUUGAGUACAAGGAUCACAGCAAGUUGAACAAGGCGUUCAUGAUCUCGCAGGAACAAGAAGCCAAGUACCGAGUGAAAAAGAACGUGAUGGGCGAGGUCACUCUGGAUCUGGAGGACGACGACAGCGGUCCCCAAUACCGCCCGGGAUUCGACCGUAAAAACCUGCUCAUCUCGUUCAAGCAUGACGGCGGCGGAGUGCUCGGACCCGGUCUUGCCCUGAGAUCACAACCUCACCCUGACGUCAUCAACGAAGAGGAAGAGCUGGACGAAACCAUCACCCAUCGCACCGACCUGACGGUGGCACCGCACCCAGUGCCGGUGAAGAGCAAGCGCAAGCGGAAGCGGCGCAUCCGCCGCCAAUUACACGGCAACCGGGUGUUUGAGCGUGACUCGGCGGAACGUCUCCUCACGGAGAUCCAGGGCCACUUGGUCCACUUCCUGUCGGAAUGGUUACUGAAGGAACUCGAUGCCGACAACUGGUACCAGUCUUUGGACCGGGUACCUCCCAUUGAAAUCUAUGAUUAA